GAGAAAGCUGUGGCGCUGGUGGGGCCCAUGCUGUUGAGCUCUGGGAAAGAGUACCAGAAGUUCAAACGAGCGUUCAUCCGGAAAGCCCUUGAGAACGAAAAGAUCCAGACGAUCUUACAGGGCAAGGUCGAAAACAUUGCCAGUGAAGGAGACAUGGUGGUUCGUGCAGACACAAGUUCGAAAGAGGAGUACAUCCUGAAAGCGGAGACCUUUCAGAAAGUCUAUCACGCCUCAGACCCGGAGGAGAUCGUGGACCAUGCAGAUGCGGAAGAGUUGCAGCGACUGGGCUUCAAAGCUUACAAGCCCAACCGCAAAAUCCUUGCUGUGGAGGUGGAUUCCACCAUCGCAGGUCUUUUCCCGGGUGGAAAGUUCAUGGCUUCCUGGGGCGAGCCCAUGUGCCUGGAAGCUGGCGACUACUUGGCCAGCGGCACCCGCCUAGCUGAUGGCAGCAUCGCAGAGAUCAUCCGCAUCGAGAAGGUGUCCUUCUACGAGACCUAUGAAGCCAUUGCCUCGGCCCCGUGA